CUCCAAACUCCCGCUCUCUGCUGCUUUCUGCGCUCGCUGUUCCCUGUCCCGGGAAGGAGGAGGCUGGGAAUUAGGGGUAGAGCUCUCUGGAGCCCCUUGCCCUGCCACUCCUGGCUGCCCAACACCUCCUGCUCCCGCCGCUGAUGAGGGUGUAAAGGCCAAGCUGACCGGGAGGAGGGACUCUCAAGCAGCUGCUAAGAUGGGCAUGAGGAUCAAGCUGCACAGCACCAACCACCCCAACAACCUGCUGAAGGAGCUCAACAAGUGCCGGCUCUCCGAGACCAUGUGCGACGUCACCAUCCUGGUGGGCUCCCGCUCCUUCGCCGCGCACAAGGCCGUGCUGGCCUGCGCCGCCGGCUACUUCCAGAACCUCUUCCUGAACACGGGGCUGGACGCUGCCAGGACCUACGUGGUGGACUUCAUCACGCCGGCCAACUUUGAGAAGAUCCUGAGCUUCGUGUACACCUCGGAGCUCUUCACAGACCUCAUCAACGUGGGCGUCAUCUACGAGGUGGCGGAGCGGCUGGGCAUGGAGGACCUGCUGCAGGCCUGCCACUCCACCUUCCCCGACCUGGAGAGCUCGGCCAUCACCAAGCAGCCCUCCCUGUCCGUGGGGGAAGGCCGGGCAGGGCCGCUGAGCAGCACCUCCUCGGAGCAGAGCCACUCCCUGGGUGACAUCCGGAGCAGCACCGAGCACUUGGGCCCCGAGCGGAAUUACGUCCUGCACGGGGACGCGUCGGGCGGCUACAAGGAGGACGACAGGAACCCCGUGGGUGAGGCCAGCCAGGCUCUUCCCCUGAUGCAUCCACAGCAGCCUCCCAAGACGGAACAGGGGCCGGAUCCGGGGCAGUUCGCUCCGGCCGUGGGUCUGGGGGCCCAGCCCGGCGGGAACGUCGCGGCACAGACCACCGGCAGCUCCUGCUCCCAGUACAAGGCCCAGAGCAACGGCGACUACGGAAAGGGCGGCUUCUUCCCCACCGAUCCGUCCCUGGAUGUCUCCAUGGGGAGCAACUCCUGCCCCAGCAACAGUGACCACUCCAAAGAGCAGGGGUUCGAGCAGAUGGAUGAGCUGCAGCUGGAGGAUCUGGGAGAGGCCGAGCUGCAUUUUGAGGAUGCUGGAGAAGAGCUGGGCCCUUCCGAGGAGGUGAUUGAGCUGAGCGACGACAGUGAGGAGGAACUGGCCUUCGAGAGCGACGGCCGGGACAGCAAGGCCAUGCCCUGCCAGGUCUGCAAGAAGGUGCUGGAGCCCAACAUCCAGCUGAUCCGCCAGCACGCCAGGGACCACGUGGACCUGCUCACCGGGAACUGCAAGGUCUGCGAGACCCACUUCCAGGACCGCAACUCCAGGGUCACUCACGUCCUGUCCCACAUCGGCAUCUUCCUCUUCUCCUGCGACAUGUGCGAGACCAAGUUCUUCACCCAGUGGCAGCUGACGCUGCACCGGCGGGACGGGGUCUUCGACAACAACGUCGUCGUCCACCCCAGCGACCCCCUGCCCGGGAAGGUGGCCGUGUUUGGGGGCGGGGGGAGCCCCGAGCUGGCCUGCGCUGCCUGCGGGAAGCCCUUGGCCAAAGAUUUCCACACCGUCCGGAACCACCUCCUGGAGCACGUGAACCUGAAGAGCCAGACGUGCGGCGUGUGCGACCAGAGGCACCUGAGCCUCUGCAGCCUGAUGUGGCACACCCUGUCCCACCUGGGCAUCUCCGUCUUCUCCUGCUCCGUGUGCGCCAACAGCUUCGUGGACCGGCAGCUGCUGGAGAAGCACCUGGCCGUGCACCAGCACGUGGAGGAGGCUCUUUUCCAGUGCCACUUCUGCAGCCAGAGCUUCAAGCUGGAGGCGGCCUAUCGGUACCACGUCAGCCAGCACAAGUGCGGCGGGAGCCUGGACGUGCGGGCGGGGUUCGGGGAGCGGCUCCAGCCGCAGGGGCUGCCCAAGAGGAAGCUGCCCGAGGAGUUCCUGAGCGAGGAGCUGGCGCUGCAGAGCCAGCCGGGGAACAGCAAGUACAGCUGCAAGGUGUGCGGGAAGAGGUUCGCCCACACCAGCGAGUUCAACUACCACCGGCGCAUCCACACCGGCGAGAAGCCCUACCAGUGCAAGGUGUGCCACAAGUUCUUCCGCGGGCGCUCCACCAUCAAGUGCCACCUGCGGACGCACUCGGGGGCCCUCAUGUACCGCUGCACCGUGUGCGGGCACUACAGCUCCACGCUCAACCUCAUGAGCAAGCACAUAGGGGUGCACAAGGGCAGCCUGCCCCCGGACUUCACCAUCGAGCAGACUUUCAUGUACAUCAUCCAUUCCAAAGAGGCCGAGAAGAACACGGACAGCUGAUGGGGGCGAGGCGGGAGGAGCGAGCAUUUUCGUUACGGAGGCUGUGGGAAAGAAAAAAAAAAGUGUCGUUUCUUUUAUUUAAUGGUCAGGCAUCAUGGAUGGAAUUCUCCUUUUCAGGUUUUUUUUUUUUUUGUUUGUUUGUUUGUUUGUUUUAAUUUUUAUUUUUUGUGCCUAUUUAGGGCUUUUUUUAGAUUGGUGGCGUUGUACAAAUUAACAGCACGUGAGGUACAUCACUGUUUCAAGGAGUCUGUCGUGUUUACUUAACUCUGGUCCUGUUAGAGGCCAUCGAGUUCUGUGUUUUUAGUAUUCCUCACUAGUUUUUGAGUCUAGAGUCUAUUUUUUUUGAGCCUUCUGGCCCACUCAACCAGGCUAACCCUGAGCUUGUCCACAAACUGAUGCUGCUAAGAUUUUCACACCUGACCUCAGUGGAGAGGGACAGAGCCAGAGCAGGUGCUGGACUCGAAGGAAAGGAACAAAAAGGAAAGAAAAAAGGAAGAAAAAAAAAAAAAAAGACGUUCUGGGCAUCCCUUGGGUUCUGCUGCUACUGCCAGAAGAUGGGCCAAGUGUGUCCUGGAAAUGGCCAUCGCUGGGUCACCAGGGAGAGGAGCAGGAAGCGUGUGAGUGUGCGAAUGAGGAGGGGGAUUCCCACAUUCCCAGGCCGUGGCUGUGACACACUCGCUCGUGCCCUGAGGAGGAGAUGGAGCUACACAACCUCCCGGAGGAGUCUCUG